UUUAAAACCAAAACAAGAAACAAAAAAAAAACUCUCACGUGGUGUCAACUCAUAUGGUAGAAAAUGUAAACAAACGGAUCAUCGAGUAACUAGAAUUUUCUUUCAUUUGUUUUUCUUUAAUUGUAACAACCAAUUAAUUAAUUAUUCUUUUCUUUUUUGAUUCUCUAUUAUUACUAAUUGUUCCAAUGUCAAAUCACUUCAAGAAAGAUCCAGCCAUUGAAAGAAAGGAGGCCGAGGAGGAAGAAGAUGAUCCAGUUACAUUAGCCAUCAAAAGAACUGGAUGUUUACAAUUACAUUUUGAUGUUCAGGAAUGUAUCUUUGAGACAAAAGACUGGAGGGCUUGUAAGCAACAAGUUGCUUCGUUCAAAAAGUGUAUGACUGAUUAUCAAAAUCGAUCACAAAAAUUGGAGAAUCAACAAUGACAAUUAAAUCGUAAUUAAACUUGGAUUGUUGUUCGUUGCGAGUUAAAUUUUGAUUAGAAUGUUGAAAUUGUCAGUUAACCUGAUCAUGAAUCGUUUAACUAAUCACAAUUUGAUUCUCUGCGAAUUGUAAUCUGGUCUAGUUUUUAAUUACUUAGGUUGAAAAGUUUUCUGAUCAUCGCUGUUAAUUGUUGAUCAGUGAUUUCUCAAUUUUGUUAUUGAUAAUGAUAAUUUAAAUGUCUCAUGUUGAUUGGCAAUUAAAGGCAAAAGGUUUCACUUGAGUACAAAAAUUUAA